AUGCCGAUCAAUAAAGACCCUUCAACACCACCUCCCUUGAUCGGCAAAAUUGGGCCCUACACUGUCUUCAUGACCCCACCUUCCACUCCCAGUCCAAAGCCUACUACUGCUGCUGCUGCUAAUGAAUCACCAUUUCCGGUCUUUGAUUCACCUAAGAAGGUUGUUUCACCUCCUCCUCCAGUCCAACCUCCUCCUCAACAAAUUGACAAGUCUGUCUCUUCUUAUCGAGUUUCAGAUGGGUCUGUUCUUGGCUUCCUCAAGAAUGCUGCCAACAAAGUUCAAACUGCACAUUCAAGCUUGGAUGACCAUUUGGCAAGGUGGUUUGGCUUAAAUCAAUCUAAGUAUCAGUGGGCUUUGGAUGAUUACUAUGAAACCAAGGGUUUGGAAAAGGAAGGUGCAAAAGCCAAAGAAAUAUCUAGCAAAGUACAGAGUGUGUAG